AUGCCAGUCGACGAAUCUUCGCCGGCCGGGAAAACCGUUUGUGUCACCGGAGCCGGUGGAUACAUCGCUUCUUGGAUUGUUAAAUCACUUCUUGAAAGGGGCUACACCGUCAAAGGAACCGUACGGAAUCCAGAUGAUCCAAAGAAUACACAUUUGAGAGAACUUGAAGGAGCAAAAGAGAGAUUGAUUCUAUGCAAAGCAGAUCUUCAGGACUACGAGGCUCUUAAGGCGGCGAUUUCUGGCUGCGACGGCGUCUUUCACACGGCUUCUCCGGUCACUGACGAUCCCGAGCAAAUGGUGGAGCCGGCCGUGAACGGAGCAAAAUUUGUAAUUAACGCUGCGGCUGAAACCCAGGUCAAGCGCGUGGUCAUCACCUCCUCGAUCGGUGCCGUCUACAUGGACCCGAACCGUGACCCCGACGCGGUCGUUGACGAAACUUGUUGGAGUGAUCUUGAGUUCUGCAAAAACACCAAGGUAAAUUAA